CGCAAGCGCAAGCAACAGACCAGGAAAACAAUGAACCGCAAGUUUCCUCAACAGACGCGGUAAAUAUAGCCGCCCCUUCUAGGACUACUCAGACGUCAAAUCCUUUACCGUCACAAACGCAGCUACCAUCCAAUCCCGUCACAGACGCAACGACUACUGUGCCUGCUGCAAGCGAGUCUAAACCGAUUAUUUCUGAUCCACAAACCCUUAUGCAGCUAAUUCGUCCGGGUCCAGGUGGCUCUGGCUCUUCUCAAGGGAAUACGAAUAUGCAGAUUCCGCCAGAUGUAGCCGCCCAAAUGCAGAAGCUCCUUGAUCAGAAGGGUAUCAGACCCCAAAGUCUUGCCGUGUCCUCACAUCCCCCAACCCAUCAGACUUCAAAUACGGGUCAGCUUUCACAAAGUGCUAGUCCCGAAGCAAAGUUGGCCAAGGACCCUGAAAUUAACACCAGCCAAGGAAUUGGCAGCCACUCCAACUGA